UCCUCCCAAAGUGGAACAGAGUAAAACUGUAAUCAUUGCAGGUGGGUUCAGUCCAGUGAGACCAGACUGGUUGUGUCUUUCCUGUAAUUCUCAGAUGUCCGGAGCUACGUCUCCUUCUGGCGUGUCGUGAAAGGCUGAGGACCAGCCGGGCUCGGGCAGAAACAGGAUGGCUUUCACCAAAUCCCUGCGGCUUUUGUUCAUUUUCCCCUUUGUCUCGGCAGCGCUGGUGGCACCUCCGACCAACGUGACCCUAACCUGCCGAAACCUGCGGAACAUUUUGCACUGGGAUUAUGAGAACGAUGUUCCUGGGCUUAGAUUCCACGUUUUGAUCAACUCUGAUUCAGAAAUGCCAGGUUGUCCUCCAGAAAUGCAGCUUAACGAAUCUUCUCGACAAGCGGAUCUUUCAUUUCUGUCGAAUCCGGUCAGCGUAUACUUUAUCAGGGUAAAGGCCGUGCUGGGGGAAGAUGAGUCCACAUUCGCUCCAAAGAAUGGAAUCGAAUUCACUUAUUUCUCCAGUGCUCUGGACGGUGAGAAAUGUCUUUUGGAUAUCCCGCCCGUUGGCAUCACUACCCUGCAACAUCACCACAUGCAGGUACAUUUCGAGCAUCCCUGGUUGGUGUACAAAGACGGGCUGUCUGGAUGUAAGAAACGGAAGAAAAGUCACCAGGAAAAGAACAAACUACCAAACUUUAAGUACACCGUCAAGGUGGUUGGCCAGGAUAAGUCCCACACCGUUGACUGUGAGGACGCUGUGUGUGAGACCAGACUGCAAGUGGACAUGAAGCAGGACAAACACUGUCUGAAAAUCAAUGGAGAGCUCGAGAUGAUGACUGUGGUGUCCACAAAGGAAUUCUGCACCCAGAAAGCCCCACCGCCUCUCAAUCACACCGGCCUCAUUGUUGGCAUCACCAUCGCCGUCAUAGCAACAGUGGCUUUUGUUGCCACCAUGGUUUUCUGGAAAAAGACGAGACCCACCCCGCAUAAAUUCAAACCUUUUAUAAUCCCUAAAUCAAAGACGCUAGCGUUUAAACCCUUAUCUGAUGAAACCAGUCCUGUGAGAGUGGACCCUUCGCCGAAAAGUCCAGAAGAGCCGCCUGGGGAAACCAUCAGUCGAAAGAGUGAAGAGGACUAUGACCUACGCAUCAAGUUGUCACCCAACAACCAGGCUCUUUCUGAAGAGCCGGAGGAAGAAAGCACGUCUGAAGACCCGUACAUGAGCGGGCAAAAACUGGAUAGUGACCCUGAAGAGCCAAAGCUCGAAGAGACGACCUGCUCUCCUUAUGAGCCCCGCUCGGUGGUGCUGACGUUGGCUCCCGAGGACCACGCUGAGGGAUACCGUGCCUGAUUAAUUGGUUUGAUCUAGAAGAAAAGAUUAACGAUACAAUUUGGUGGGGGGGGACUGUUACAUUGAGCCCUUUUCCUUCUCUUCACUGACUUAGCUGAGAAUCAUUGUCACACAGUGACACCUGCUGGCUGGACACUAGCAUUACCACAUUUAAUUAGCUACUGAUCGCAGCAGAAAAAAUAUUCCUUUCAAUUGCACUUUUUGUAUAUAUAUAUUUUUUUUACCGCUAGUGUUAGAGUAGCAAGUUAGAUUUCAAAUCACCUUUUAGCUUUAAUUUUAGUGACUUUCGUUGUGCCGACUGCAGGGGAUCUGGAUUAGUUUUUCAGCACUUGCCAUCACCAGAAACCUGUGAGCUGAGAUGUAGAUUUUUUUUUUAAGAGGUGCAGUUUGUUUCUUAUAUGUAUAAUAAUUAGCUAAGUGGGAGUGUUUUUUGUGCCUUUAUAAUCAAUGUUUUACUGAGGUGAAAGUAAAGAUGAAUUAAAUUUUGGAGAAUCGUGAAAGUUGAUGUCAUUAAGGGACGCCGGUGCGAAUUAGUCCAUCUUUGUCGAAGUGGAAAGUUUAAAUCUUUGAGUGCCUCUUCUCUACGUUAUCCAACUGACUCGGCACUUUAUUCCCUCAUUAGCUCCUAAUCUGAGGUUAUUUCUAGCGGUGAUGUUUUUACCAACCUAUCAGCAAUCUCUCUUGCUUGCGGAGGUAGAGGAAGGAGAAGCAAUGGUAGCAAUCUGAAAAUACUGGUAUAAAAACAAACUGGGAGAUCAUCUUUAGGUAAAAAUGAUACGCAGGAAAUGCUGGAGUCCAGAUCAGAUUCUGGGAUUGGGAAUGUUCGUCGUCUAUAAGAUCAACCAGUAUCGGUCAGGUCGUUCGAACUAAGGCUGCAUGAUGUCGGUGAGAUGCUCGAUUGCGACAUCGUUGCUGAAUAUUCGCCCAUUUUCAUUCUCCCCUUUUUGGUUUCCAAGUUUCCCCACUUCUGCCAGUGAGCUGCAGCGCCUCAAGACACUAAAGAUAUGCAUCAGCUGUGAGCUUCAGGGACCGGAAAUGGAUUAAAUCAGAAAUAUUACUUCCAGCCAGUCCUUAUAUUAUUCAGCUCCACUGUAAACUGAUUUGUCAGCAGACAAAUAUGGUUGUGCCAACGUUGGUUUUAAUCUCCCAGCAGGCAGCUGAACAGGUAUGUAGUGUAGUUAUUAAAGAUGUAUUUGGCUCGCAGGAUUUUAGUAGUAAGUUAGCUCAGUUGUUUGUUUUUUUUCCGUCAACAUUUUUAUAAAUGUCAAGAAUUUCUAACUCUUAAUUUUCCACUCUUAAAAAAAAAACUGUGGAAUAGUCCUUUAUUUCACUUUGAUACUAAGUACCAAAGUUGGAGCACCUCGUUCUUUCAUAUUUUAAAUUUAAACGACCUUCAUUCUUCUGUGUUGAAGGGUGAACGUCAGAAACAUCUGACCCAGCUGCAUGCGGUGCCUUGUGAUAAACCCGUUCCAACUGUUUAAUCUCAUCCUGAUUUAAACAUUUAAUGAUGCGUUGGAUCUACCUUUUCACAUACCUCGUUUUUAUUUUCACUCCAUUAAUGUUUCAGCUUCAGCGCUCUUUUAACGAUAGCCGGGUUUUGCUUUUGGUUCAAACUCCAGGCUCGUUCAUUUUCAUGCUGCUGAACAGCUGCGUUAUGAUUCCUUAAGAUUAUAUUUUGCCUUAAUUUUUAUUUUUGAUUCCCUCACUUAAACAGAAUGAGCUACUUUAAAAAAAAAAAAAAUUGUCAAAACUCUUGACUCAAUGAAGCGUACCUGCUUGAUAAUUUCCGCCAGGAGAAAGAAAACCCAUCGUGAAUAUAAAGUCAUGUCAGUCGUUUUCAUUUCAAAAGAUUUCCACUUUUCUUCACCUUCCCAAGUGGCUGGAUUUGGUGUGCGUCUCAUUGAGCUCAGCUGUUAGCUAACUAUUAGCUAGCUGUUAGCUAACUAUUAGCUAACUAUUAGCUAGCUGUUAGCUAGCAGAGCCCAAAGGCUGCCGUAAAGCAGACAGGCAGAGCUGCCAACUUGACAUAAAGUACCGUAAAUACUUUAAACGUGAGCAGGUAGAAACAGAAUCCAUUAAUAUUCAGCAGUCAGUUGAUGACGUCUGGGAUAAAGAAGAGACAUUGUGUGACUUUAAUGUUUGCGAGACGUCGCUGCUCGCCUUGUUGCAGUUGAGCCGAUCUGUAUCGGGUUUCUGUGACUUCUGGAAAUGACCGUGAUAAAACGGUUUGAAAUGAGCACUUUGUUGGUCUUUUUAGUUUUAUUGUUUUGGAAGCAGCAUGCAUUUUGUUGUCUUAUUUAACAGAGUCUGACAUAUAGUCUGGAAGUUUCUACUGGGGGAUACAUGUGAGAUAAGAGACUGAAACAUUUACUUAGCUAAGUAGUGAUUUAGAGCAGUGGUCCCCAGCCCCCGGGCCGCAGCAAAAUUGCCCAAUCUUGACCGGUCUGUGGUAAUAAAAAGGUUGGGGAUCACUUACAGCAUAGAGAUGUUUUGUUGUUGGUUUUUAAUGGCAGCUUUUGUGUUUUAAGCAAUAACAGGAUUCGAGAUAAGUUGAGGUUACACGUAAAGGUUCCUUUGUGUCUUCUGAAGCCCAAAUAAGAAACCUUUAUUGCAGAGUCACAGAAAGCUUCCUCUAAACUUUGACUGUUAAACCAACCAGUGUGCUGCUCCGGAGUUGCAUGCUAGCCGAGCGGCCGGGCCUUUGACUGCUCCCCUCUAUGUUGUGGUUGCAUGAAAACUUUCACUACUCAGAAAUAUGUCUGUACUUCUAAGUGUUGCUCACGACUGCCUGCCUGCUGUUUGUUAAUCACCGUCUCUGUGGUUUCACUCGCAUUUCAAUGUUUCACGUGUACAAAAAUACAUGCUUGUGUUUUUUUUGUUUUUUUUUCCAUAAACGUUGAUUAAGUUUUGCAGAAUCUCAUGGAUGUAAUUCUCAUUUCUCUCAUGUCCUGGGUCUUUUCGCGUUUAUGAAGGGAAGUUGGCAUUUCGGUAAAGUGAGCCUCCAGAUUACGGCUCUGGGACGGGCGGUGCUGCUCGACUCACGCGUCAGGCCCUGUGUUAAGGGAAGAACCGCGGCUCCCAUUACGGGUCGUGACAUUUGAAUGCUCCAUGCGGUUUGUUCCUCUUGCGCCGCGUGACGGGGAAGACGUUUUGUCUGCUUUUGGAUUUGUUUCCUUCCUUUUUUUUUUUUUUUUUUUUUCAUUGUCUGACUGUUGAAGUGACCAUAUUAGUGCUUCCUGUGCCAGAACUCAUUAAGUGUAUUAUCUUUAUAAUUGGCAGGCAUCUGGUGAGUUUCUUGUAAUCUGCAGUAAUUACUGGCUUUGUCAUUGAACCACUAUUACAAAUAAACUGUCUACAAAUCUUUU